AUGAAUAUCAGACAAGCGAUGUCCGAGGAUUUACUUGCUAUGCAAAAUUGUAAUAUAAUGAAUUUACCCGAAAAUUAUCAAAUGAAAUAUUAUUUUUAUCAUGCUUUGUCUUGGCCGCAAUUAUCAUUCGUCGCCGAAGAUCAUAAAGGAAGAAUUGUUGGUUAUGUACUAGCCAAGAUGGAAGAAGAUCCGGAAGAAGCACCGCAUGGUCAUAUUACAUCGCUAUCGGUAAUGAGGACAUAUCGUAGAUUGGGUGUCGCGGAGAAAUUAAUGACACAAGCUCAGAGAAAUAUGGUGGAAGUAUUUAAUGCCCAAUAUGUUUCAUUACAUGUUCGUAAAAGCAAUAGAGCAGCUUUAAAUUUAUAUAAAGACACUUUGAAAUUUAGGAUUCAUAAAAUUGAAGACAAGUAUUAUGCGGAUGGGGAAGACGCUUAUGCUAUGAGGAAAGAUUUACAAACUACUGAAGAAUCAUAA